GAAUUCUGUGUUAUAGCUAGCUAUUAGGUAGUGAGCGAUGUAGUGUAUCCACCGUCUUCAUGUGGGGCAGAUAUCUAUCUGGUAGCAGUAGUUGUACAGGGUUACUUGGUGUAGUACGGACUGGGAGCAUUUUUGUGCAGCGCUCCGAGUUAUUAGCACUGACUUCUCUGUGAACUUAUGGCGUACUGUGAUGUCGGAUUGUAUAAUGAGCUGGAUGGGAGAGAUGGGCCUAUAACCACUACAGUGAGUAAACAGAAAACUUGGGAAUACUAUAUAUAGCUGCAGUGGACUGUUAGAAGUGAUACUGUGAUGCUGGACUGGACAUACAGUCACAAGUAGAAAGUAAAUAGUCCCAUAACUUGCUCGGAUAGAUGCACUUGUGAACUCUAAUAACCAAAUGGAGGACACAGUGAUUUGUCAAUACUGAAAAAUAAGUAUUUGCAUUGUUAAUAUAUGGAUAUUGUUUCAGGAAUUAUAAAAAUAUUUGACACCAAAGAAAAAGUGAGAAAUUUUGAAAUUACUGGAUGGAGUGAAAAUAUUUGGAAAUUUGUUCAAAGGAUUGGGAACUUCUAGGAAUCUUCUGAAAGGAGUGGAAAAUCAUCUUAUUUCUGUGAAACUUUUCAUUGCAUCUGUAAAAUUGUGAUUGUGCAUUUUGUACAUCUUCAAAGAAGGGGCUCUUUUAAGGUUUCCCCUAGAACAAGCUUGAAGUGAUUGCUUUUCAUCCAGAAUUAAUUCAUCUUGAGAAGUUCUGAAGUGUUAGUGAAGCCUUGCAGUGACAAUGAAUGCUUGUAUUGUUUGGAAUAAGCUGCUGUUCCUGGUUGGUGCUGUUUUACAAGUGAGUCAAGCAGCUCAGAUGAAAAACAUUUAUGUCAGUGGUUGUAAUGAUGAUGAAAUCAAACUAGAAUGUCCAGACAAACACAAGAUAGCCAUCAAGAGAGUGUACUAUGGAGCCAAGCUGGACUCAAGCUGUAGCAAGCGGAGCCCUCUCUGGUCCUCUGGGUGCUGUGAACGGGGUAAGGGGGACUGCCUGGUCCCUAACUCCGAUAUUUACACCACCAUGAACAUCCGAUGCUCCGGGUACCAGAACUGUCAAACCAAGGUGGAGAAGAUUCGAACCAAGCACCACUGUGCCAGGGAAAUUAAACAUACCACUUACAUGACUGUGGUCUACAGCUGUGUUAGUGAGUCUGACAUUGCCCAAUUCUGCAACAAUGAAAUCAAACAAGGGCAAGAACUCUACCUCUCCAACCAGAACUAUCCCCUCCCAAUCAAAGGAGGAGGUCAGUACUGUAAAUGUCUGGUGAGGUCUAAUAUGGGGAUCUCCAUCAACAUCAUAGACAUCAUGAUCACCCUCCCAGAGAAAACGGACACGUGCCCCCAGCAGCUCCGUGUGUCCGAUCCCUCCUCCCGCCCCGAUGAGGUUGUCCAGUGUGGACAGAGCGGGAUGUAUGGGUUCCGAAACCUCUAUCACAGGAUGGUGACCAACCUGACCGUUACACUGGACAGUCGGUCGCAGGACUCUAGGGGGUAUAUCUGGAUAAAUGUCAGAGCCCAACAGCCGGAGGACUACGUAGUUAUUUACUGUGGGGAGGCUAUGGACCAGCUACUGUACAGAAAUAUUACAAAGGGAGGAUCCACUGACAGCCCUCAGGUCACAGUAUCACCCCUGGGGACGGUAUCCCCCUCAGGAAACGGGACGGUGCCUGAUGAGCUGAUAGAAAGCCAGAUCAUUCCAGAUAUGAUUGCCAUAAUAGGAGGGGUAGCAGGGGCAAUGGCUGUUAUCCUCAUUGUGUGUGUAGUAGCCAUAGCAGUCCACUGUACUCGUGAGAGGGAAAGGAGUAACCUUCCUAAGAUGCCAGAGGUGAUUCCUUCUCCCAUGGUACGAGGCAAAGUGUACCACCCUGAUGAUAAAAAUGCCACUCAUAAGAAAUACCAGUACGAAGAGGACCGAUACUGCUCUAUCAAACGCAGUCCCAUGAAACUGACCAACUUCUCUGAACUAGAUGACGAGGCCGAUAAAAAGCUCAAGGAGGCCUUCCUACAGGGGCCAGCAGAGGAAAUAGACCCCGAGCCUCCUGUCUCUCCCAUUAACCAGGUCAAGGUCAACGGGGUGCCUCCCAGGCCUCGUAGUCCAGAGUUACCGGAGUUACCAGAGUUACCCCUCCUAUUGGAUCCUCCCCCGGAUUACUGCUCCGUACCCGAGAGUGACCCAGAGAGGUAUUUCACAAUGAAUCCACAGAAACCAUUGUCAGAAAUGACAGAAAUACGGGUGAUUUCCUCACUCCCUCAGAGAGGACACAAAAGUAAAAAACCCAAAACUGUGACAUUUUCCCCCGUGGCUUUAGUGACACCCCUCCCCUCAGGCUCUGAGGAGUCAAUCGGUUCUGAAGGUGACAGGAACUUAGCCAACAUCAUUGACUCUUACCAGUGCCUACAUGAUGAUGAUUUCCCCCCAAAAAAGCCCAUUAUUUUACCCCCUCCCAAUGACACCGGGGAGUUUGCCUCUAUACAUGGGCCAAAUGAGACAGAAAUAGCAGAAAUGCAGGAGCUGUGGAAUACACUGGGGAGUCCGUCGGUGUCCACGACGCUGGACGACGGGGCGUACGAUAACAUAGACUAUCUGCUGGCUCAGAAUAAAGCAAGACAUGAAAAUGAAGUCUAAAUUUAGUGAUCAGUGAAACUUUAUAUUAUUGAUUUCAUCUUUUCCAUCUUGGAAAUAUGUGUAUAUAUAUAGAACAGAAAUGUAUUGAUUUUUUUGUGGUCCAAGAUUAGGGAAUGGUAGAGCAUUGCUGUUCAUUUAUAAGUGCACUUACAAUAUAUCUGUUAAUAUUAUACUUAAUAUCUUUAAUAAUAUCGGUUUUAUUACUCAGUACUGUACAUAAAAAACAAUUUACUUAGGAAUGUGUACAUAGUUAAAACAGUAUACUAAUUGAUAUAUUAAAACUCAUAAGUUAAAAAGUGAAAGACAUUCUUGUAAGUACUGUAGAAGUACUUUUUUCCACGGGGUCUUAAUUCCGCGGUAUUAUUAUUUCUGUUCAAUCCGCUGGUAGAGAAUUACAUGGAUAACUUAAAAAUGUCCUUAAUAUAUGCCUUAUAUUUGUAUUAAGUUCAAUGUGAAAAAUUUCCGUGGAAAAUUUAUGACUGUGUACAUGCGUAAAUUAACACCACAUGGAAAAAAAGUACUUCUACAGUAUAUGCAAUACAAUGUACAUGUAGUAUUUUCACAUUACCUUUUUAAAAAAACUGUACUUUGUAUGUA